AUGGCACCAUAUAUCAGUAAGACUAAUAGACCAGUCAAAAUACCACUAGACAUCCAACUAUUAGGAUUUUUAUGGAUAAUGGCUACCUCGGAUUGCUAUAGAAGUGUUGCUGAGAGAUUUAAAAUGAAUCGUGGCACACUUCAUAAAGUUUACCGUACGAUUGUUUCAUGUGUAGUUUAUGAAACACACAGAUACAUUCAAUGGUCCACAGACGAAAAAAAAGAUGAGAUUACAGAUGCAUUUUUGGUAGCUAGUGGUUAUCCAGGAAUAGUUGGAGCAAUUGAUGGAAGCUACAUUAAAAUCAAACAACCACGUGGCGAUAAACAUUAUAGAUAUGCUAAUAGGAAAAAAGAUUAUGCUGUGAUCAUACAGGGAGUGUGCUCAUAUAACAAAAAGCUACUGGACGUCCAUAUUGGAGAAGUUGGCAAUGAGCACAUUAUAGGAAACUCAGCAUAUCCGAUUGGUCCACACAUGAUGGUGCCAUAUAAAGACAAUGGUGCCUUAACAGCAAAACAAAAGAGCCACAACAUUAAAUUGAGCAAGGGAAGGGUAAAAAUUGAAAACACAUGGGCACAAUUGAAAGGGAAAUGGAGACGCUUAAAGUAUUUAGACACGGAUAGGAUGGAUUAUAUUGUAGAUCAUAUUUGUGCAAGUUGUGUUUUGCAUAAUGUUGCUCUUGACGGUUCUGAUGAUGAGUAUUGUAUAGAAGAAAAUGAAGAGAUUGAUGUGUUUGAGGAAAGAAAUGUAGAUUUGGAAAGAAUGAAAAGAGAAGGUCAGAUUAAGAGGGAUAGGUUGGCUGAUUUAAUACUUAAUAACUAG